UUCGAAUAUUUUUUAUUUUUAUUUCGUCGAAAAAGCAAAACCAACAUCAUAAAAAUUUUCCUCAAAAUAAUAAAAAGUAAAACAAAUUGGAAAAAUGCACGUAAAUUUGGAUCCACUUUUGGUGGACAAAAUCGCCAAUGAAGUUAAAUCCCAAGGUGUCUUUGAUCAAUUUCGCAAAGAUUCAAUGGCCGAUGUGGAUACAAAACCUGCCUACCAAAAUCUUCGUCAGCGCGUCGAAAAUACUGUGAAUAAAUUUUUGUCCGCUCAAAUGUGGACACCAGAAAUGAAUAAAAAUCAACUUCGUGAGAGAUUACGAAAACAUAUAACAGAAGCUGGCUUCCUAGAUGUUGGCGUUGAACGCAUAGUCGAUCAAGUAGUCAAUCCCAAAAUAGCUACAGUCUUUCAACCAAAAAUCGAAGACAUCGCCUACAAGUAUCUAGGAAUACCAAAACCACAACCAACAGUUGUUGUCACUUCUUCCGAUGUUCCACCUCUGAAUGGAAUCUUGAAGGUUGAGACGGACUUACUUCCAACAGAUUUGGAACAGGUAAGUCCUGAUUCUGAUAAAUGUACAAUGAAAUCCGAUUCGAAAGAUGAAAUGGAAACCGAUGACAAAAUUGAUGACUUUGAAUCUCCCGCCUUUGAGCCAAUUGAGAAUAGUAAUUUUGACAAAGACAAAUUCGAGUCUAAAGUUGAACCCAAGCCGGAAGAAGUGAAGGAAGUCAAACCUGAAGUGGUGACUCCUCUGACAACUGAGCCACAUUCAUUUGCAUUCAACAAAAGGUAUCAAUCGCAAGUCAAGGAUGAAAGUUCAUCCGAAGACUGGGAUGCCGAUGAAAACAAUAAAACACCUCCUCCGGAACCACCACAACAAGUGAAGACUGAGGAAGUCACUGCUUGUGAUGAAUCGCCAGGCGAUGCCACACAAGAGUCCCAGUUGUCUCAAGUUUCAAGCGAUAGUCGUCUGUCGAUUGUCACAAAUGGAAACACCCAAGAUGAACAAUCAACAGCUUGUGAAAUCAAAGAAGAGAACAACGUGAAUAUAUCCGAAGAGGCACAGAUGCCAAAGUUCAAUGAGAACUCGAACUCUUGCUCUGAUCAGAAACCUUCAGAGCCACUUCACUUUGACAUAAAAAAAGAUGAAAUAAAAUUCGAAGGAACCGAACGCAAAACCGAGCCUCCAAGUGAGGAUACAUCGCCGAAUAUUAGCGAUGAACAUCGGGUAGAUAGUUCGAUGGAGAACAAGACCAUUGAUACAUCUGAGACGAGUGAUAUUCCCCUGCCGUCGCAUGAAUUUUCAUUUGAAAAGGAUUCUGAUUUCAAAUUUUCCAAAAUCGAAGUUAAAGUUGAUUUGGAAGAGGCUACCAAAACCACUUCCUUAGAUGACUCUGCUGACAGAGAGUUGCACAUAAUUGAAAAAUCAGAAAUGUCUCAGUGUUCUAUGUCGCAAAACUCCUUGAAAUCUCCGAUGGUUAAGCCAAAGUCACCAUCGGCGACUUCGUCUCCACUUCAUUCGCAUCAAAAAUCAUCAAGUCAUCGUGAUAAGGAACACUCAUCAUCACGACACAAAAAAUACUCCAAGGAUAGACGAUCUGACAGAGACAAAGAUAAAUACAGUAGUAGCAGUCAUAAGCUACCAUCGUCAUCCUCCUCGAGACAUCAUUCAUCCAAAUCGUCGAGUAGUCAGAGAACACCGUCAGAUCAUCAUCACCAUCAUCAUCGUAGUAGCAGCAGUUCGGUGCAUAAAUCAAAGAGUUCGUCAUCACGAUAUAGCAAAUCUUCACGAAGUCAUCAUGAUUCGAAGGAAUCACGUCGUAGUCGUGAUCGUAGCAAGUCAAGGUCAAGAUCGGAUAAAACAAGAGAUAAGUCGUCGAAGGAUAAAUCUGAUCGUGAUCGCAGUAAAAUUACAGUUGACGAUCAUUAUUCAUCUAAGCACAAGUGGCGCAAGUCGACAGAUUCUAAUGAUGAGGACAGCAGUCAAGAGGGAUCACAACCGCGUGGUCCUAAAGAGAGUAGUAAUUCACAGGAUAAUGGAACGAAUGGUACGCAUAACAACAGCAACACAUCGUCGGGAACGUCAAGUGCGAAUAAUCCAAAUGGAAAAGCUGGAGGCAUUGUUGCAGACACAACUACAAUAUCCAAUUUAUCUGGUCAGAAAAUUGUAAUUUUGGAUAAUUUGCUGAAAAGUCCAGAGACAAAUUUCAUCGAAAUUGGUAAUGCAUGUGUUCAAGUAAACUCAAACAAAAAUCAAAAAACAAUAACAACACCAACAACAACGAUGGUCCCUAAAAACGAUGAAGAGUUUUUGUUUUAUUUUGAAAAUGAAUCAAAAACCAAAGACGAUGUCGAAACUCGCAUAAAUAUCCUCACAAUUAUGAUGGAGAAUUUCCGAAAACUCUUAAAAUCAAGUUUGGGAAAUUCACGUGAGCCUUCGACAACCGAAUCGGAAUCGGGAGGUAAUGCUAGCCAUGGAACAGAGACCAAUUCGGUUGGUGAUCGACAAAAUUCUUUGUCACCUGUUGCUGAGGGUAAUGUUAGUGUGAAAAAUUCCAUGGAAAGUCCCAAUGAACAGGCCACCCUUACAAGUGCAACACUCACAAUUGAUUGCAUACAAUAUGAUGGACCUUCAAUUUCGCAUUGUUUGACCAAACGUUUCAAAUUUGACGAAAAUUCCAACAACAAGGUUUCACCAACAUCAUCGGAAUUGAGUGUUAAUUCGAAAGAAAAUGAUUUUUUGGAUAAAAACUUACAAAGCGAUAGCGAUUCUUUGGGUUCACGAGAUGCUGGUAAAUCUGAAAUGAAUAAGGUUAUAAGCGCUGUUGUUAAACGCAAGGCAAUUGUUAAUCGAAAUCAACGAUAUUCAAGUGAAGAUUUGUAUAAGCCUCGUCCGAUAUUGAGUCAACGAUCUAGGAGAAGAGGAUUGGAUGCAGUUAUCUGAAUUUAUAUUGAUGACCAUUAAUUAAUUAUAGAAUUAUUAGAAUUUUAAGUAAAUGGUGUUUUUGGAUUCAUGCACUCUCAUAUAAUAAAGAAGAAUUUUAAUUUGUUCACCAAAUAAAUUAAAUAUUAACUUA